AUGCCUUCCUUAAUGGAUCUCCCUCAGGAGAUCCGUGCCCUGAUCUUUGAAGAGGCACUCAAUGCCCAUCGAACCCCACGUGUCCGUCCAUCCACAGUGAACAUGGUGUUUCUUCUGGACAUGAGAUACAGGGCGUAUCUAAGAUACCUCGUGCCAUAUCACGAAAGACGUGAUUCUCAUAGCCCAUCAAACGAUCUCCCCCUCCUUUUGACGAGUCGUCAAGUAUUCGAAGAAACAAAAUCAGUCCUCUAUCGAAUGCAGCGAACAACAUACGUCCUUGAUAUUUCAGUCUUAGAUGAUCAGUAUUUGUUUUCAUCUUGGAUCUCAGUGCCAACGCUCACAACUCGUGUAUCUACACUUCACGUAGAUAUACGUCUUUUCGGACGUAUACUCACCGCCGAGGAGGGGGGAAGGCAAUUGGGCUCUGGUGGUCGCUGGGGGUUUCAUUGGUGCUUUUACGCCCUGCUGGAACGGUUCUUGCAGUAUGGACCAGUGGGCGAGAAGAAACCCUGUUUAGACGACAAAGGACGCCUCUACUACGAGGCCCGUCAAAUUUCUGUUGAGAAUCUCAUCCUUGACUUUCAGUCGGCCGAGACGGAGCUACCAUUCCCUCCCGAUGACGUGGAAUUCAAGGCAUGGCACGCAAAACACCAGGGCUAUACUGUCGAUGGGCAAAUAGAACAUUCCUUGGAGUACAAAACACGUCCAGAGUGGCUUUUGCUCGACUUAACGGGAUGGUUGGAACUAAUCAUUAAAAUCAGCACUGGGACUAAGAAAUGGGGGAAACUCAUCUAUGAGAGAAUUGGGACCAUCUUUAUGCUGGUGGAUGGGAAACUACAUACUACGAUUGAUCUUGCGGGUGAAUUGGCCAAGUACAAGUGUGAUAAGCCUCCCCAUUUCAUGGCGAAUGUGGAACCAUCUACCCGACGCGCUCGUGAAUGGGAGUGGAAGAUAGCGACGCUUCUGAGAAGGGAGGAACUUGGCUUCCCUGUUGUUUGGCUAGAGGAUGAAGAAAUGUAG